GGGGUGAUUAGCAGUCACUAAACGAAUAGCAGCACUAAGUCACAAACCUUUGUGAACUAAACUUAUCCAGGAGCUCCACAGCAUGGCCCUGAUGGAAUUCAUAACUCUCGCUUUACUUUCAUUCAUCCAUCCAGCCAACGGUCAGUUAAAUCUUUUGAGUGCUGCCUCGGAAACUCUGACACCAUCAGAGCAGGUAUAGUCAACUGGGAAAAUAUUUGAGGUCAUGGGGAGCAAAGUGAGCAUCUGGUGGAAUGUGGUGGAGUUCACUUGCAGGAUCCUUGGGGUUUGUACAGCAACAGUGCUAUGUGCUGUGGGAGUGGAGACGGUGGAAAGGGGAGAAUUCAACAGCCUUGGCAUCUACCUAAUUGCAUCAUCUGUUGCCAUUAUGAUGUUUGAGCUGGCCUACUACCUGGAUGCCCUUCUGUCCAUGUGUCUUCCCUGUCCUCCAGACUGGCAGCUGUUUGUUCUGUGGAGGAAGAUGGCUCAUGUUGGAGGCUUUCAUAAAUUUCUUUAUUAUUUCAUCAUGUCAGUGGUCUGCUUCUUACAUCCUGUGUUGGUAUGGCAUGCUAUUAUCCCAGGGUCAAUGCUUUUGGUGACAGCAAUAUUCAACUUCAUACUAAGCAAGAAAGCAAAAUGUAAAGAUAUCAAAAUCUCACAUGUCUGCCACAGCAACCAAGAUCUAACCACCCUCAGAGACGCAGAGAGCUCAGACUCCAACAGCUCAUUCCUUCAUGCAAAAACAGGAAGAAAGGAAGAGGGACUGGCCCUCUCAGACAGAGAACGUCACCUCAGUCCAGAGGACAGAUGUGAGCACACACAGACCAUGUUGGAUAAAACACAGACACCGCCAUCUGAUAACACAGGAAAGACAAGGUGGACAUGGAAAGACAGGAGAUUGACGUGGUUCAGAGGUCGGGAGAAGCUGGUGGAGAAGGAGAUGGAGGAGAUGGAGGUGUACUGUGAGCCAGAGACCACAUCAGACACAGCACCAAUGAUCACAGACUAAAUGAGGAUCAUUGAUAUUUGAUGCAAAAACUCUUCAGCAUUUUUGAAUGGUUGGAAUUAAUCAGAAAUACUAUGAUUACCAACAAAUGCAGAUUAUUUAUUUAAUAUAAAGUUGUUGUUUUUUUCACAGUAAUAAUCAGAAUGCAAAUAAUUUAAAUCAAGUGAUUUUGCAUUUCUUUACUGAUUUCUUUUAGUCUUUUUUUAUCAUUAAAUCCAGAAUUGAUAGUACAACUGCAUAAAAUAUUCAUGAGUUAAUAAAUUGUAUCAGCUGGUUGCUCAUUCAGAGAAAACAUGUGCAGAUGUCUGAGAGUGGUGGGCAUUAGAGCAUGUGCAAAUGCAUUCAGGCCCCCCCUUUGUGUGUUUGUAAUGUGUGAGCCGUGACCAUGGAGACGAAGCUCUGGAGGGAGUAAUUAUUAUCGUGGUGAUUAGAGACAGCCACCUCAUGUAAUCAUAGGUUUGUGUUUCCUCUAAAUUGUAAAUUAAAAUCAUAGAAUAUAAUAUAAUGUAUCACAGAAGCUUUGUAAAUACCAUGAAAUUAUUGUGUUUGUACAGAAGAUGCAGGUGUAAUAACAUGCUUUUUUUAUUUGCAAUAGAUCAUAAAUCUGAUUUUCUACAGACACAUUCUGUUUUUGUGUGAUCAAAAAUCAAUAGAAUUUUUUUUUUUUUAAACAGCAUAAUGGUUGCUGUGUUCAGCGUGCCCCUCGGUCCUUUGUUCCUCAAAGAAUAGUAUUAGCCUCAAGAUGAACUUAAAGUUAAAGAGAAAAUCAAUAAAAGCAGAAUUGUUUAAAAAGAAAAUGUCUCAUGAUACAAACUCAGUCAGGAGGGAUGAAAGCAUUUUCAUUUUUACAACAGAGCUUUUGUGUACAAUUCUAAUAAUGCUCAGUGGCCCGCUUCCUUGUAAAAGAACCUAUAAAU